AUGCCCGGCAUGAAGAAGACGUUCCUCUUCAUGCCCGUGCGUGAGGGCGUGACUCUUCAGCGGCCGUUCGCGUGCUGGUGCGACGCGUGCAUGCAGGCGUCGGCUCCUGGCGAGGGUACCAUGGAUUCCAACUACCGCUGCCACGGCUGCUCGUCGCCGGGCUUGCGGUGGAGGGAGACCAGCGUGGCGCGCUCGGACGCUGCCGGCGUAGCCUCCUCCAAGGCCCGUACCCGCCAGCUCUCUAGAUCCCUCCGAGAUCAGCUGAAGGCGCACUUUGCGAAGAGCACGAACGCGGUGUGGGUUGCGGUGCAGAACCGCGGCGAGGACGACCCGGACCAGUAUUGGAUCGGCCGCGCCGUCGCUCUCAGGCCUCCCUUUCAGACGGGUGGCAGCGUCGCAGGCACAGGCGGGAGGGUGCGCUACGAUCCCGGCGAUAUGGAGAUCGAGGUCGAGUGGUUCGAUCGAGACGUGAGCGGUGGCGACGAGCGGCGGAUCUUCAAGGCGUGGCGCCCCGGCGCCGACACCACGCCCGCUGCUGCUGCUGCUGUGGGGCGUGGUGGCAGCGGCGGUGGGGGACGCGGGCGUGGUGGCGGUAGGCGCGGGGGGCGAGGCGCCGCCGAGGCAGGCGCGGCUGCGGAGGGCGCCGCGCCAGAGGGACCCGCAGUCCUCACCUUCAACUCGUCCGAGCUGCGCAUGAUCAACGUGGAGAUGCAGCUGGUUGCGCCGCUCGGUGGCGGCGCCGCUUUGGAUGUGGUGCGACGGUCCGGUCGGGUCGCGCUCCAAGGCAUCGCACGGCGCGUACAGACGCAGCGCGCCGACCCGCCCGAUCAGCUGUGGGAGAUCCCCACUGGGAACGAGCGCUUCAUCCUCGAUCGAUGCUCGUAG